AUGCUUCUCAUUGGUUCUUUGCUGGCCACAGUCCUUAGCUUUGGCCCUUGUCCUGCCGACAAUCCGCCUGCUGAUUGCUUGAUGUGUAUCUCGAACACUGUCCCCCUCUGCAUCAUGUGCGAUAGACUUCGCCGUCCUUCGCUUGGUCCCGUGGACGGCGUUUGUACCAGUGAUAGAGCGAAAAUCCACGACGCGUGCACUGACACGGGUCUCUACCAAGACUUUGGAUUUUGCAUGCACUGUGCCCCGGGAUGGUUCCUCCACGGCUACAACAACGUCACAGGCGCUGAGGGCGGUUGCUUCAGGUGCGACCAUGUAGCGGCAGGAGGUAUUGACCACUGUGACACGUGCACCCCUGGGAACAUGAACACUACUAUCAAUCAGGUUGUUCGCGUUAUUUGCACAAAAUGCAAAGCAGGAUAUCAACUCAAUGGGGACGGAAGCGCCUGCACAGAUGUCUCGGGCGAGGCUAAGUGCAAGGCAGGCCAGCAGAAGUGCAAGACUUGCAAAUCUGACAACAGUGGAUGUGCAACCUGUGAUGACGGGUAUGGUCUUAAGAGUGGAUCGUGUGUAGUUUGCUCGGAGAAGUGUCUCCUUUGCAAUAAUGACGCUGAUACUUGCACCUCUUGCACGCAGUCUGUGUUAAAGGACGGAAAGUGCGUUUCUUGCGAUCAAGGCGAGAACAUGGCCGGGUGCUUCAGUUGCCUUUCGCCAGCAGAUACGGGAACAUCCACAGGCCGGUGCACGUUAGCAUCAGGAAGCUACUGGGUACAGGACGAUGGUACGACAGCCAAGUGCACGAUCACCAACUGCGUGCGCUGCAUGAAUCUGUUUGGAAAAGAAUACUGCACCACAUGCGUUAAUGAUUACUUCGUGUUGGACGGCGUCUGCGAGAAGUAUUAUAAACUGUCUGGCGAAGGCACAAAGGGGUGUUCGGACGGCGUUGUUGGUAUGUGCCGAUCGUGCGUGGGCAAGGACGUCUUUUGGUUCCUGAACACGUGUCUUACCAUAACCGGUACAAUAGGCAAAACGGUCUGUAGGGCUAUGAACCAAACGAGCCAUAUCUGCACAGACUGCAUGCCUGGGUUCCGCGCUACAUCGUACGGUUGCCAGCAGUGCAAUGUCAUUAACUGCCAAGACUGCUCCCUGGACCUCCGCUUAUGCUCUGCCUGUCUCUCUGGCUACACCCCCAUUACGAAAGAUGGGAAGAUCGUGGCAUGCAACAAAGCGAAGACUUCUCUUUAG